CCGCCCUCUGAGCAAAAAAGACUCGAUUUUUCUUCUGUAAUCCCUCACUCACCGAUUCAGAGAGAUAUGGGAGGACCAGCGUACGAUUGUCUGACGAACCCUCUAGGAGCUGUACGAUUCUCCUUCGCAAAUGCUCUGUCCUCCGGCUACGAUCCGGCUUCGUCUGUCGGAAAAGACUGGGGCGUCGUCGAUCUGUUUCUUCCCUACUUCUCCGAUGAAUCUGCUCUCUCCCAGGUUCCAAUACUUGAUUCAUCAAGUAUCAAGUGGUUACAGCCCAAUACACUUGUUAGGUUUCGUGGAAUGAUACAGGACAUGCUUGGAAAUGAAUUCUAUGCUGGUGCAUGCAAGGAUGGUUCAACAUGGAGAACAAAUAAGUUCAGUGAUGUCUCACAGUUUCCUGAGGGUUCUCCCACCGAUAUGCAAGUUUGGGAGCGUCGCUUACUCUACUGUGUUCCUGUCCCAGGACAAAACCAAUGGACUGAAUGUUCUUCUCAAGAGCUGAGGAACCGGUUUUUGGAUCUAACUGGCCAAAACAGGGAAAAGCGUGUGAGGGUGGAUGAAGAAAUGACUGAUUCCAUGGAGUCCAAUACUUCAGAAGCUGGUAUUAAUGGCUCUCCUUUCAAGAAAAUGAAAGUGGGGGAAGCUACACCAUCAACUUCAGAAUCUCAGGUUCCACAAAGUUCUGGUCUUCCGCCAGCUACAAAUACAGACUCUCUACCUUGUCUUGUGAAGAUGUAUGAUUCUCCAGAGUCAGAAUUGAAGCUAAAUGAUGUGGUUGAAUUUCUUGGAGUGUUGACCUUCGAUCCAAAUGUUAUGAUGGAUACGGAUUCACUUGAUGAAAUCUCUGAUGACCUUUCUGAAGCUGAAUCUGUUCAGAUGCCCUCUCGAAAGGUUCCACGCCUCCAUUGUCUUAUCCACAGGAAGCUUGAAACACAACAUUUCCUGCAUGGUUCUUCGUUAUUUACAGAGCCCAAAUCUCCCCAAAUAUUCAAAGAGAUAAGAAAGAGUUUGAUGAAGUACCUUACCGGUCUACUCGGGAAUGAUCACAUUGCCGCACAGUUCCUAUUAUUGCAUCUCUUGUCGAAGGUGCAUGGAAGAGUCGAUAACGUUGCUGUUGGGAAACUUUCACUUAAUCUUAUACACCUUAAUAAAGAGAGCAUGUCUAUCUUUGGUACCCAGCUCAGUAAUGCCCUCAAAAACCUCCUACCAUUCACACAAUCUAUACCACUUACUAUUGAGUAUCUGAACACUGCCUCUUUCGGUCCCAAGAAAGACUAUGGAAUUAACAGAUUGAUGCCUGGAGUUCUACAAAUUGCUGAUGGUACGCACUUGAUAUUGGACGAAACAGAGUUGCAACCAGGCACCUUGAACUCUGUUGGAGUUGAGAAUGCAAAUCUGCUCAAAAACCUCUUGGAAUGUCAGAAGGUGGAGUAUGAUUUCCAAUAUUAUAAAAUGGAAAUGGCCACUGAUGUUCAAAUGCUCAUCUUCUCUGAGGGAAAGUCGAACAUAAUGCCUGCCGAUUUGGUUCUACCUUUUCAACCUUCCCAAGUGAACUCAUUGGAAGUCAUCACACCAGAAACAGCAGAAGCUUGGAGGUGCUACUUAGCUACUUGCAAAUCGUUAUCUCACUCUAUUGGGCAAGAGUUACAACAGGUGGUGGAGAAUGAUUUGGUUGCAGCAAGACAAACAGAUCGUAGUUUAGGCAGCCAAGACUUGAGCAGGUUGUUGACAAUGGCUCGCAUGAUGUCUGUAAGUUAUGGUGAGACCACGCUCUCACUAGAGCACUGGCAAAUGGUGUUGGAGCUAGAAAGACUUAGAAAGGAGAGGCUCAAGUAAAACCGCCGAAUCUGAGAAUAUAGAUUAUGGUUUCGAGAUUGUUUGGAUUGUAUAAUCUUCACUAAGUUAUAUGAUUAAGAAGAACGAUCGUUUCCUAUCUAUUUAUUGAGAGGUUCAUGUUUUGAGCUUUUGAUUGA